UGCCCCGGCCCGACCCGACGAAGGCCAACAAGGCAAAGGCACCAGCGCCCGCGGUCGCUACUCGCUCGCUGCUCGCCAAAAAAACCCGGCUCCGUCCCGAGCUCUUGGCGCCCGCCUCGGUCACCCCUCCCGCCGUCCCGGACUCGCCGCCGCCUCAGCCUGCAGCCACCUCCCGCCGCGGCGGCGGCGCACGCCCGCGCCGCAUAGAACUUCCCGCGUGCCUCGCCGCCGGUGCCGCAAACCCCACUCGCGUCGCGCUCACGAGCGCGGGCACCAUCUCCGCCUCGAUCCCAUCGGAGCCACCCAGACACGCGCGGUCCGGUCGCGAGCCGCGGCCCCGCCCGUCAAGCCGCGAUGGACUCGGCGUCGGCGGCGGCGCUGAAGCCUUCGGCGCUGGACCUGCUGGCGGCGCUGCUGACGGGGCGGGAGGACCCCGAGGGCGGGGCGCACUGGGCCGAGAACCGCCACCUCCUGCUGCUGCUCACCACCUCGCUCGCCGUGCUCGUCGGCUGCGGCGUCGCCCUGCUCGUCCGCCGCUCCUCCGCGCCCCGCGCCGCCGCGGCAGCGGCAUCACAGGCGCCGCCGCGCUCGCUCGCCGCGAAGCCCAAGGACGAGCCGGACCCCGACGACGGCAGGCCGAGGGUCACCGUCUUCUUCGGCACGCAGACCGGCACCGCCGAGGGCUUCGCCAAGGCACUCGCCGAAGAGGCCAAGGCGAGGUACGACAAGGCCGUCUUCAAGGUGGUCGAUCUGGAAGAUUACGCCGCCGAGGAUGAGGAAUACGAGGAGAAGCUUAAGAAGGAAAGCAUCGCAUUGUUCUUCCUGGCAACUUAUGGUGAUGGAGAGCCAACUGACAAUGCGGCGAGGUUUUAUAAAUGGUUCGCAGAGGGGAAUGAGAGAGGCGAGUGGUUGAAUAAUCUUCGGUUUGGGGUGUUUGGCCUUGGAAAUAGACAGUACGAACACUUUAACAAGGUUGGAAAGGUGGUUGAUCAACUCCUCGCGGAACAAGGUGGCAAACGUAUCGUUCCUGUUGGUCUUGGAGAUGAUGAUCAAUGCAUUGAGGAUGACUUUAAUGCAUGGAAGGAACUUCUAUGGCCAGAAUUGGAUAAGUUACUCCGCCAGGAAGAUGAUUCUUCAACUGCACCAACUCCUUACACAGUUGCUAUUCCAGAAUAUAGAGUUGUGUUUGUCAAACCAGAGGAUGCCAUGCACAUUAACAAGUCUUUUACUCUCAGUAAUGGCCAUGCUGUCUAUGACAUUCAACAUCCUUGCAGAGCAAAUGUGGCUGUGCGGCGAGAGCUUCAUACACCAGCUUCUGACCGAUCCUGCAUUCAUUUAGAGUUUGAUAUUACUGGAACUGGCCUAAAAUAUGAGACAGGAGAUCAUGUUGGUGUCUAUGCUGAAAACUGCAUAGAAACUGUUGAAGAGGCAGAAAAGCUGCUAGGUUAUUCACCAGAUACUUUAUUUUCUAUUCAUGCUGACCAAGAGGAUGGUACCCCACAUUGUGGGGGUUCUUUGCCACCUCCUUUCCCGUCCCCUUGCACAGUGAGGACUGCGCUUACCAGACAUGCAGAUCUGUUGAAUUCGCCUAAGAAGAGUGCUUUACUGGCGCUGGCGGCUCAUGCAUCUGAUUCUAAAGAGGCUGAGCGGCUUAGACAUCUCGCGUCUCCUGCUGGAAAGAAGGAGUAUUCACAAUGGAUAGUCACAAGCCAAAGAAGUCUCUUGGAAGUUAUGUCAGAGUUCCCAUCAGCAAAGCCCCCACUCGGUGUUUUCUUUGCAGCUAUUUGUCCUCGCCUGCAGCCGAGAUAUUACUCAAUAUCUUCCUCACCGAGAAUAGCACCAACAAGGAUUCAUGUGACAUGUGCACUAGUGUAUGGGCCGACCCCUACUGGAAGAAUUCACAAAGGAGUUUGUUCUACAUGGAUGAAGCAUUCCACUCCCUUGGAAGAGAGCCAAGAAUGUAGCUGGGCUCCAAUUUUUGUUAGGCAGUCAAACUUCAAACUGCCUGCUGAUCCUACUGUGCCCAUUAUAAUGAUUGGCCCUGGGACUGGUCUUGCACCUUUCAGGGGCUUCUUACAGGAACGACUAGGUUUAAAAGAGGCAGGGGUGGAACUAGGCCAUGCUAUCCUCUUCUUUGGGUGCAGAAAUCGGAAGAUGGACUUCAUAUAUGAGGAUGAGCUUAAUAAUUUUGUUGAUGGUGGUGUCCUUUCUGAGUUGAUUAUAGCCUUUUCUCGUGAGGGUCCUACAAAAGAGUAUGUUCAGCACAAAAUGGCACAGAAGGCUGCCGAGCUCUGGAGCAUCAUUUCUCAGGGAGGUUAUAUUUAUGUUUGUGGUGAUGCAAAAGGCAUGGCCAGAGAUGUCCAUCGCACACUACAUACCAUCGUCCAGGAGCAGGGGUCUAUGGACAACUCGAAGACAGAAAGCUACGUGAAGAGCCUGCAGAUGGAAGGGAGAUACUUGAGAGAUGUUUGGUGACGUAUCAACCAAAUGUGAACCCCGUGCUUACUGCGAGCUUCCCCGCAAAGGGGGGGGGGGGAAUCAGAGGCGCCGGCUGGGAAAUGAUUAGUAGAAAUUUACAUGAUCUGUUUGAAUGAAAACAUAUACUAGUGAUGUUCUUUUUUUAAGAGAAGAAACAGAGGUUUCCCCACUUAUAUUUAUUUAAAAGUGAGACAUAGCAGUCACCUAGUGAUAGUUCAGAACUUGAGAUUAAUAUCAGGCGCCAGCAGCGAUGCUUAUGUAUAAGACUCUGCAGCCAAGCUAUUGUUUGUUCUGGAAAUCAUCGCUGUGAUUUCUGACGCUAA